AUGUAUUUAUUAGGUUAUAUUUCGAAUGAAAAUCGUCUCUAUUUGGGAGAUAAAGAAAUGUCUAUCGUUUCAUUUGAAUUAUCCUUAGCUGUGCUAGAAUAUCAAACAGCUGUUAUGCGUAAAGAUUUUCAAACAGUCGAUCAAGUUCUUCCAACCAUACCAAAAGAGCAACGAGCACGUAUUGCACAUUUUAUUGAAAAACAAGGUUAUCAUCAACAAACAUUAGCUGUUACAUUAGAUAAUGAACAUAAAUUUGAUUUAGCACUUCAAUUAGGGUGUGGGUAAGUGUGAUAAGCAGCCAUGACACGUGUUUCGUCCGAGCAAAGGGACUCAACAGAUGGCAAUUAGACUUAGUGGAUUAAAUUAGAGGAUGGGGUGAGUGGGUGUGGGUGUGGGUGUGUAAAGUUACCACGAUAACCUAGUAGAUUAUUUCUGAUGUUUCUAUAACUCAAUCUUAUCAAGUGGGGUGUGGGUGUGGUUUAAAGUAAAUUCGACUUAACAAUGUGGUAAGGUAAGAAAUGAGAAAACGAGUAUUGAAUAAAUAAAUAAAUAAAUAAAUAGAUAAAUAGAGCAAAAAAUUACAUAGAUGAUUAAAUAAUUAAAUAAAUAAAUGUUUUUUGUUUUAGUUUUAAAUUAUCUUUUAGUUUUUUUGUUUUAUUUUUUGAAAUUUUAUAUCUUUUUUAGUAUAAUUUUAUAUAUUAGAGACACUCGAGCAAAAAAUAAGCUAGUUUUGAGUAAAGUGAAGAGAAAAAAUAUUGAAUUUGAGAAAAAAAUGCAGGGGUGAAUUUAGAUAAAUAAAUAAAUAUAUGAAAUUUUUUAUUGAAGAAGUUUUAAUUUAGGUGAAUUGAAGAGAAAUUUAUCUAAAUAAAUAAAUUUAGGUGAGUUUAAAGAAAAAAUGAAUGAAAUAAAUUUAUGAUCAAAUAAA